AUGCCCCAGCGGCUGGCGUCCUCCCAGCCCCGAGCGCUGGCCUCCGGGGUGAGCCCCCGCAGCUCCCCACAGCCCCCUCUCGUCUCCAGCGCGGGAACCCAGCUCCAUUCCUACCUCCGCAGCCCCUGCCCUGGCACUUGUCUGCAGGUGUGGGCGGUGAGCCUGGGCCACCAGUGCCGCCGCCGUCCAGCAGGGGCCGCCACGCUGCCACCUUCGGUCCUGGAGGUGCAGUGGACCAGGAGCCGUGUGGUGGACAAACACUCCGAGAGGGACCGCGUCGCACAUGCCCUGGCCGACCCGUCUACUGGGAGCAGCCUGUCCUCAUGCGGGAACCUGCAUCUGCUGCGGGUGUCCCAGCAGGAGCGCUCGCUGAUGGAGCUCUCAGAACAGUACGGGCCGGUGUUCACCGUCCACUUGGGAGGCCAGAAGACGGUGGUGCUGACCGGCUACGAGGCGGUCCGGGAGGCCCUGGUGGGCACGGGGCAGGAGCUGGCCGACCGGCCCCCCAUCCCCAUCUUCCAGCUCAUCCAGGGGGGCAGGGGUAGGUUUGCGAGGGGGAGAGGGCCCCCCCCCCGGUGGGGAGGGGCAGUCGCCAGCCCUGCUCUUCCGGGGGAGGGGGGACAGGGUGUCCGUGGACCAGUUUGGAGGCCUGUCUCCCCCACAGGCCGGCCCUUCCCGCUGGCCCUGCUGGGCUGGGCUCCCUCCAACGUCACCUUCACGCUCCUCUUCGGCCAGCGGUUUGACUACCAGGACCCUGUGUUCGUGUCCCUGCUGGGCCUCAUCGACGACGUCAUGGUCCUGCUGGGGACGCCCGGCCUGCAGCUGUUCAACAUCUACCCCCGGCUGGGGGCCCUCCUCCAGCUGCACCGGCCGGUCCUGAGGAAGAUCGACGAGGUGCGGGCCAUCCUGAGGGCCCUCCUCCAGGCACGGCCGCCCNNNNCCUGCCCACCGGCCCCGCAGGGGACAGACCCCGACGGCUUGUUCUCGGAGGCGAACGUGGUAGCCUGUGUCCUGGACAUGGUCAUGGCCGGCACCGAGACCACCUCGGCCACACUGCAGUGGGCGGCCCUCCUGUGGGUGCAGGGCCCACCCUGGGGCACACCCCAGCCAGCCCAGCUGCUCCUCCUGCAGGGCACGCCAGUGGUCCCCUUGCUGAGCUCCGUGCUCCUGGACAAGACGCAGUGGGAGACGCCCGGCCAGUUCAACCCGGGGCACUUCCUGGACGCCGAGGGGCACUUCGUGAAGCGGGAGGCCUUCCUGCCCUUCUCCGCGGGUGGGCAGCUGCGAGCUGGGACCUCGGGUGAAUAG